UCCCUCUGGAAGGAUCGGCUGUGAUGAGGGAGUGAGGGCAGGAGGAGGAUCGGAGUGGAUUUUAACCAGGGAUUGGGGAAGGGCAACCUCCACAAGGCACGGCAGGGUUGUGGUGACGAAGCCUGGGCAAUGGCUCAGACCCUGCAGCUGGAGAUUCCCAACUUUGGGAACACUGUGCUGGAGUGCCUGAACGAGCAGAGGCUGCAGGGCCUGUACUGCGACACCUCCAUCGUGGUGAAGGGCCAGACAUUCAAGGCCCACCGCGCCGUGCUGGCGGCCAACAGCUCCUACUUCCGCGACCUGUUCACCGGGAGCACCCGGGCCGCCUUCGAGCUUCCGGCGGCUGUGCAGCCGCAGAGCUUCCAGAACAUUCUCAACUUCUGCUACACGGGAAGGCUGUGCAUGAAGGCGGGCGAGCAGUUCAUGCUGAUGUACACGGCCGGCUUCCUGCAGAUCCAGCGCAUCGUGGAGCGUGGCACCGAGCUGCUGUCCAAGGUCAGCUCGCCCAGGUGCGACUCGCAGGGUCUGAGCGUCGAGGAGCCGGCCUGGGAACCCCCCAGCCCCGCUGCAGCCGCCCCUCACCCCCUCCCCCUGCCCCUCGCCUCCCGUGUCAAGGUGGAGCAGAGCGAGGGGGCAGGGACGGGGGUGCCCCGAGGCCGCCGGGCUGGAGAGGGACCCUCCGGGAGCAGCGCCAAGUCGGCCCGCCUCUCCCACGAGGGUCCGGCCUACCCCGCCGCGCUGCCCCGCGACCUCUCCAGCCCCGGAGCCAGCAGUGUCCACCCCAGCGACAGCCCCUUCUCCUGCCAGAACGACGAGGAGGACGACGAGGUGGAGGAGGAGGCGGCGGCGGGAGAGGAGGAGGGGCUGGAGGACAUGACCGAGGAGCAGUACGUCCAGAUGUGCAGCAUGUACAACAUCAUGAGCGUCCCCCAUGUCGCCCAACCGGAGCGGGUGGAGGCACUGCCUGAUCACGUGGACGGCCGGUCGAGGAUGAGAAUUCGCCACGACCUGGCGGUGCUGCCGGCUGACCUGAUCAACCAGAUCGGUCAUCGCUGCCACCCCAAGCUGUACGUGGAGGGAGACCCGACUGAGAAGCUUGAGCUGGUGACAGGUACGAGUGUCUACAUCACACGAGCUCAGCUGAUGAACUGUCACAUCUGUGCGGGCACAAGGCACAAGGUUUUACUCCGGAGGCUGCUGGCUGCCUUUUUCGAUCGGAACACUCUGGCGAACAGCUGUGGCACCGGAAUCCGUUCCUCCCUGUGCGAUCCCAGUCGGAAACCUCUCGAUAGCAGGAUACUCAAUGCCAUUAAAGUCUAUUGUCAGAACUUUGCCCCGAACUUCAAGGAGAGUGAGAUGAAUGCCAUUGCCGCUGACAUGUGCACCAAUGCCCGGAGGGUAGUCCGCAAGCACUGGAUCCCCAAGCUCAAGCUGAUGCUCGCUGAGGGCGACGGCGUCUACCGCUCUGUCAUCACCGACGCAGCAUCCGGCAACUUGCCAGACGGUGUGUCUGGGAACCAGGAGGUGGAGCUGCAAGGAACCGGGCAAAGGCACGAGGCCAGUGGGAUGAGAGCCACUGGCACUGCCCACAGAUAUGAGACAGGCUUCCCGGAAGGUCUGGAAGACACCGGGAACGGUAUUGUGGAGGCUCCGAACUAAUGGAGCCCUGCCAGACGUUCCCAGAGUAGGAGCCAUGCUCCGCAGGGGAGACAGACUGCCGUGCGCAUGGCCUGAUGAACUGGGGAUUGUUGGUGUGAGCUGGAUAGCCACUGUGUACUGGGCAAGGAGGAGGGCAUCGCAGAAGCUCACCCAGGCAAUGAACCCUCUCGCUGCUGGGCAUUGCAUUUGGUUCAUUUGCAACUGGGGUGAUGUGACCAUGAGUGUAAAUCAAGAAACAAAAAAAAGGAAGACUUGCAUUUAUAUAGCAGCUUUCCCCUCAGGGCAUCCUAAAGUGCAUCACUGUCAAAGCAGUACGUACUCUUGAAGUGUGGCCACUACAGGGAAUGUGGCAGCUAAUUUUCACAGAGCAAGAUCCCACAAACUGCACUGUGUGACGAUGAUGGUUUGAUUUGUUUUGGUGUGUGUUCAUUGAGGGACAAGCGUUAGGCCUCAGCACUGCAGAGAGCUCCCCUGCCCUUCAGGUACUGCUCACCUGAGAGGGCACCCUGAUGUUUAAUCUGAAAGCUGCACCUCUGACAAUGCAGCACUCCCUCCACGCAGUUCAAGCGUGUCCCAGUCGAGAUGGUGGGACUUGACCUCUCGAGUUUCUCUCUCACACAGGGUGUGGCUGGCACAUUAAUAGACCCAAUAGUGCCUCAAAGGGCAGGGAGACAACUCGCUGCUGAACUCUGCUCAAGUAUUUAGGUCCAGAGAGCAAGCCCAGAUGGAGAUGUUGUUAAAAAAUAAUAUUCUUUGAGGUGUGGGUGGUUUUUUUUUUUGCAUUUGUUGUAACUGUCCCUGAACUGAGCGAUUUGCUUGAUCAUUUGAAUUUAGGUCUGCCACAUUCGCUAUGAAUCUGGAGUCAUGUGUAGGCCCCACUGGGUAAGGAUGGCAGAUUUCCUUCCCUAAAGGACCAGGUGUGAUCCUGAUGGGUUUGUGAACAAUUGAUGCUCGUUGCCAUGGUCACCGUUACGGAGAAGGGCUUCCAAUUCCCCGUUGAUUCGUGGCAUCGAAGUUUCGCCCAGUUGGUUGGAUUUUGACCCACUUUCCCCAGAGCAUUGGCCUCUGGAUGCCCUGUCCGAGUGACUGUGCCAACAACUGCUCAAGUGGAGUGUUGACUGAGCAAAGUUUUCAUGAGGUAGUCAGUCAAUUCCUUGCUCAAACACACUCGGCCCCAUUACUUUGUGCUAGCUCCACGCUCUGUGGGACCCAAAGCCCACUCUUCACAGUAAGUUUGCCAUCGAACUCUCCAAGAGCAAUUGCAAAUAGUCAGCCACUUAACAAUGUUGUGAGUGAAUCGCCUGCAAGCCCUCUGCUCCUCUCCAGCAUACCGUGCUGGUUUAGCAGACGUGUAUAUAUCAUUACCAAACCAGGCCAUUCAGCCCAACAAUGUUUACGACCCACCUUAACCUCCCCCUCAUUGUUACCAUGAAGGCCCCACCUUCUCAAAUUCACUCCUCACCUGAGGCGUGGUCACCCUCAAGUUAAACCACCACCACUCGUCUCUCUGUCUUUGUCUCUCUGUCUGUC